UUUAGAUUGAAUGCUCACAUUGCUGCUGCCUGUUGCUGAGUGGAAAAACAAGCAGAAAACUCUGGAUUCAAACAUCUUUUGGGUUUUGUUUUGCUUUAUUUUGUUUCUUUUCAUUUUUGCCUUAAGAAGAUGAACAAUGAAACCACAACYUUGGUAUCCUUGAAGGAGGCAAUGAAAAGAGUAGACCACAAACUCCAAGCUUUAGAAGCACAGUUCAAAGAACUGGACAAUACCAAAGAUAAUCUGACACAGAAAUUUGAACAUCAUAGCAAGACUUUGGCAAGCCAAGCAGCUCAAGAUGAAAUGUGGACAGCAGUUUUGGCACUGAAGUUCACUUCAAUUGAAUUGAAUAUUUUAUACAGCUACGUCAUUGAAGUGCUUAUCAGCUUGCACACACGUGUACUUGAGAAACUACCAGACCUGGUAAGAGGUCUUCCCACCUUAGCCUCUGUCCUUAGACGAAAAGUUAAGAACAAUCGCAUUAGAGUUGUGUGGGAGUCUGUUCUGGAAGAAUGUGGGCUGCAAGAAGGAGAUAUCACAGCAAUUUGUACUUUCUUUAUUGCACAUGGUCACAAGGCAGAUCAUUAUGCUGCUAAAGUACGACAGAUGUACAUCAGGGAUAUCACAUUCAUGAUCACUAACAUGGUAAAGAACCAGGCUCUGCAGGAUGGUUUGCUGAGGGCUGUUCAGGUCAUUGAGAAAGGGAAAGCAGAGAGGAUUCCUGAAGAGCAAAAGUCACCCCUAAAAGAGUUGAUAUCAUCUGUCAAAAACUAACCUUCUGCCCCGAGAUCCUGAUGUCAUUUGUAGUAAUUUAUCUUGAAAAUAGUAAAAUGUAUGUGUAAUUUAUUUACUGCAGAUUUAUUGUUAUGGCAAAAAGUAAAAGCAGUAUUAAAGAAUUUGUAAGUGAUACAAUGAAUAUUUUCUAUUUAGCUCUAUAAAAGAACGAAGAAACUCUUUGUUUAAUGAUAGGGAGUUAUCACCAUAAUGUAUUGUUGUUGUUGUUAAUUACAUAUUUAUUGUUAAGUGGAAAAUAUUAUAUAACAUAUAAUAUUGGCUUAGCUAUAAAAUUCUGCAGAGAUUCAUAAAAUUCUGCAGAGAUACAUAAGAAAUUAUAUUAGUUGUUGCAGGAAAGAAAUUAAGACCUUAGAGGUCAAAGAUAUGAGGAAGUCAUUUCACUGUUAAUCCCUUUUGGACAUUUUAAAUUUUGAAUUAUGUGAAUGUACUACUUAUUAAAAGGUGAAUAAAAAUAAAACACCUGGGCUGGAGAUGUGGCUCAGCGGUAGCGCGCUCGCCUGGCAUGCGUGCGG